AUGCUGGGUGUCUGUUCCGACCGGAACUUUCUUGUUACCGCGAAGGGCUACUUGGGGCUCGGCCCGCGAGGGGCGCGUAAGGGGGAUUUGGUGUGCGUCGUGUAUGGAUGUCCGGUGCCGCUGCUUAUCAGGCUUAACCGCUCGGAAUUCGAGAUCGUCGGAGACGCGUACGUGUACGGGAUUAUGAAGGGCGAAGUCAUGGAUCAGGUCAAGGAAGGCUCACUAUCGGCUGAAGAUGUAACGUUCAUUUGA